UUCCCGUUUUUUGCUCCCCGCGAUUUCGCCUCCCCUCCCCCCCGCAUUAUUUUCUGGGGAAGCCAAAAACCAGUGGGAGCCAACCGGUCCCUCCGUAUUGACAUUUAGCUCCACCGCAAUCCUCCCACAACAUCCUCGGUUGUCACUCAAAGCACCCAAAGGGGUAGCAUCUCCGUCUGUCCUCCUCCCCUCCCAAAGUGCGGGCCAGAAGUCAUGACGGCGGCCACUUGCGUUAUCUUCAGCCUCGGAAGCUCAAGGUCCAGGCCCGAUGCUGUGUGCUGUUCAAUGCAGGCUGCCGCGAGAAUCUAUAUAAGUUCCCGGCUUCCCCUGGGUUGAAAGGCCUGGGUGCUCCUUAUUAUCUCUUCGGAUCUGCAUUGCCGCUACUAGUCCUCGCCAACUCCGUCAUCGUCAGUCUCCAUCUCCUUCAGGCGCCAUGGACGUCACAGUCCCGCGCAUCCGAGCCUCGGAUGAUGAAAAAGCAGCAGCCCAUCCGUCUUACAAUGAUAACCUAGCAAGCGAUGUUAGCCACCGGGAGGUGGUUGGACGGAGCUCAAAUGAGCAGGAUCUGGAAGGCGAAGUGAAGGUUCCAAUGACCUUUCGUCGGUUCAUGGGGUUCACUGCGAUGGCCUUCUUGUGGACUGGGAGCCAAAUCCCAGUCUAUUUAUUUGGAGGUAUUCCACCCUACAUCUACAGAGAGAUUGGGGGUGCCGAUAGAUGGGUUUGGUUUGUCCUGGCCAAUCUUCUUGCUCUCGCAGGCGUCUGUCCCUUUGUUGGAUCGCUGUCCGAUUUAAUCGGCCGUCGAUAUGUUGCUCUCAUCGGUGCUUCGCUCAUCUGCAUCGGUAUGAUUGUCAGUAGUACAGCCAAUACGAUGAAUAUAUUUAUUGCCGGGAUGGCAAUUGCAGGAGCCGGAGCAGGCGUGAACGAACUGACGGCGCUGGCGGCAACCUCAGAAAUGGCACCCACGCGUCAGAGGGGCAAAUAUGUUGCGGUAUUAAUCUUUACCAUUUUGCCGUUCUGCCCCUCGGUUCUAUGGGCACAACUCAUUGCAGCACACAGCAGCUGGCGAUACGUGGGCGCAUUUUGCGGGGCAUGGAAUGGAUUUGGGCUGCUGGCCACCGCACUCUUCUAUUUCCCACCACCUCGAGUGAACUCUGAAGGAUUGAGCAAGGCAGAAGUUGCCCGUCGCAUUGACUUUGUCGGUGGAUUCCUCAGCAUUUCCGGUCUCAUCAUCUUCUUGGCUGGCUUACAAUGGGGCGGUUACAUGUACAGUUGGACAACAGCUCAUGUGCUCGUCCCGUUGAUCCUUGGCUUUGUCCUCCUCGUCCUCUUUGCCUUCUGGGAAGUCUACGGCGCCAAAUACCCCAUCUUCCCCAGCCGCUUGAAACAAGAACCCUGGACCCUGGGUCUAACAUUGGUCAUUACCUUCAUCUCCGGGGCGAACUUCUUCUCUGUCCUCAUGUUCUGGCCGACGCAGUCAUUCAACGUCUACGGUCAUGACCCUGUCGAUGUGGGUGUCCGCAGUAUUCCAAUCGGCUUCGCCAUCCUCUUUGGUGCAUGCAUCGUCCUAUGGCUGCUGAGUGUUCUCCGCGGUCACAAUAAGGAGCUUUUGAUUUUGAGCAGCGUUCUCAUGACAGCAGGCUGCGGCGCCCUCUCAAUCGGCCGACUGGACAACCUCUACCAGCUAUGGGGUAUUCUUGUCCUUGCAGGCUUAGGUAUCGGGGGCAUUGUCGUCCCAGCAUCUAUCAUGACAACCAUCAUAUGUCCAGAUGACCUCAUUGCCACUAUUUCCGCCUUAACCCUCUCCAUCCGCGUCGUCGGCGGCGGCAUCGGCUAUACAAUCUACUACAACAUCUUCAUCUCCAAGUUUGUCCCCAACGCCGAGCACUACAUCGGCGGCGUCAUGGCCACGCAGCUCAACAUCACUAACCCGCAAUACAUCGCCGAGGCGAUCCAGCUGACGGGUGCCUCGCUCCUCGAAGACCUCUAUGCCAUUCCCGGCAUCACCGGCAACCCUGCAGCGUACGAGGCGGUCGUCACGGCCGGCCAGAUGGCGUUCGCUGAGAGCUACAAGUGGGUGUACUAUGCCAGCAUCGGGUUUGGCGGGGUGGCCAUUCUGGCGUCCUGUUUCCUGGGGGAUGUGCGGCAGUAUAUGAACGAUCAUGUAGCUGUUGUUAUGCAUUGAUUGAUUCAAGCCGAGUUGUUGUGUUGGGGAGGAGAGAGUUAUCCUAGCCACGAAUUCUCAUUAAUUGUUCAUAAGUCCUUACUGAGAACAUCUGCUUCAGCUAUAAGUAUAGAAAC